UUUGUUUCAGUACGUCAACGGCGCCGCCAUCUUAGAACGGUCAUCUUGGCUUUACGAGGAUCUCAGUAAAAGGACGAAACAGACGCUGGACGUUAAAAUGCCGCAAAACUGCGCAGCUUUUCAGUGCAUGACACGGAGAAGCAUCCAGACGAGGGAGAAGGGCAUUACUUUUCACAAGUUUCCCGGUGAUCCUGUACUUAAAAAGAAGUGGGAACUUGCUGUCAGGAGAGACUCCUUUAUAGCAAGUCCUUCAACAGUUCUUUGCAGCCAGCACUUCACAGAGGAUGACUUUGACAGGACUGGACAGACCGUGCGCCUUCGAGACGGAGCAGUCCCAUCUGUUUUCAAGUUUCCAGCACACCUUCAAAAACGACCUGUGACACCAAGAAAAACAGUAACAUCGCAAAAAGCUGCUGCCCCUGUUAAGGUCAAAACAGAGCCACAACCACAGAGUCUACCUUGUGAGGAGCACUUGUAUGUAGUACCCUGUUCACUGGACAAGCUGAAGGACAAACUUUCCCAAGCCUACAAAAGGAUUGAGGACCUUGAGCGGCAACUCCGCAAUGCCAAAGACAGAGAGAGGAGGUACAUAGCUAAACUGACGAGUCUAAUGGGUGAAGGUCCAGUCACGGCAAAACAUCUGCGUAUGUCACUUUAACCAGGACCCCUCCUGUUUUUCAUACCAUCAGAUCAGCAGGCGAAUGAAACAAGAGCAGCUCAACUGCAGCUCAGUUCUGGAGUGUUUUCUAGUAUCUCAUGGUCCAUGUCGAGAUGUCGCCUAUGAGCUGUGUAACAGUGCAAGAUGAGACUGUUUUCUUGGGUGCCAGCUGAUGAAGAAGACUCCACUUCUUCUCCAUUUGAGGAUAUAUGUGAAAUUGUUGAGCAACCUUUGUUGGACAGUACACUUCUGUAUAUGACCGGGUUUGUUGUUGAGCUUUCUCAGCAAUUUCCUUUGAUAAAUGCGAAAAUCUUUUGCCGACUAAUGAUGUACCACAGUCAUCUGACACCACCCGUUAAAUCAGGUUAGCUCCUCUUCCUGUGUUUGGGGUAAUUUGAGGCUUUUGUAUGCUGUUACAUGUACAUAAAGAUUUGGUUAUUAUUCUAAUGGGUUUGCUGAUGUGUGACAGUUGGAACAAUGAAAUUGGUGUGACCAGCCAGUUAAACAUUUAGUUUGAAAUAUUUUCCUAACCUGCAGAACAGGAACCAUGCUACCGUUUUAUUUCUAGCUCAUUUAUAUGGAUUGCUGUUUCACAAUGGUUCCACGUUUAGACUGUGAUCUAUAGGCUUUUAGCCACUGUCUUUAUCCUUUUGGCCCUAUUAGGCUGCAGCAAGGUCACAAUGUUGUGAAUGCAGCCUUCAAAUGCGCACUGGAAACAUGUCUGUCUACUUCUUUCUGAAAUUGUUUAUACAUUGCUGUAAUGGGAGCUGCUACUCCCUAAUCAGUCUAAUCAGAAAAAUAAAAAGACUAGGCAAACCUAUUUUUGCUGGAUCGGCUGGAUUUUGUCAUGGAGGUGUCUGAUACAGUACAUAGGGCAUACGUCAUCAUCAUAAGACCUGUGAUUUGUCACAGUGAAUGCCUUUCACUUCUAGCAUAAGAGGGUAUAAGAGCAGUAUUUAAUGGUGUAUAGAGUCACCUGCUGCUUGUCUUGGGCGACGCUUAUGCAUGUAUGUUUCAACUGUGGGAGUCAGUCACUGAGCCAGUCAGUCAGUAACAAGAUAAGAGACAUCAACUGUCAUAACCUGGAGAGGCAAGAACAAACGCAACAAAAUACGACAAACACUCUUUAUUGGCUUUGGUAAAAAAUUAUUUUAGAAAUAACUUAGUUCAGCUUCUUGACCCCAUAUAGACACAAACAGAGCAGCAACAUACAACAAUGUUCCAACUGAUGGAAAGAAAGAGGAGAAAAAUACAUUCACAGAUGCAGACAGAGUGGUUAAAUAGUCAUUGAACCAAUGUGGGUACAAUACAAAAUAAUUCGGGCUGAAAAAGUGUUCCUGACUCUGGUUCAGUGCAGAGCUUAG